UAUAAUCUUCUUCUUUAAGUCUCUCUCUCUCUCUCUCUCUCUAUAUAUGUAUAUAUAUCUGCAAGUGAGAGAAAUAGGGUUUGUAAGCAAGAAAUGAUGGAUGCUGAAAGAGUGUGUUGUAUGUGUGGCGACGUCGGCUUUCCGGACAAGAUUUUCCGAUGCAUCAAAUGUCACCACCGCUUCCAACACUCGUAUUGUAGCAACAACUACAGUGAAUCAUCGGAGCCGACGGAGCUCUGUGACUGGUGCCAAACGGACGAAACCCAAACCUCCAAACACUCUGGUUCUUCCAAGAAACCAAGCUCAAAAUCCGAUGCCCGAAUCAGCAAUCGAUCGGAAUAUUCAGACGACAAGAUCAAGCAACACGAUCGUGAAGAGGGUGGUUCGGAGAAAGGGAAGUCACCCACCGGAGCUCCUUCUCCGAGGACUAGUACUCGAAGGUACAAGCUUCUCAAGGAUGUCAUGUGUUAAAAUAUAUAAAUAUAAAUAAAUAUAAUAAAAAUGCAAAAAAGAAAAUAGAGACGUGGGGUGGGGGUGGCAGCAGAGAGGGCUUGUUUGUUAUACAUAAUAGCCAUCCUUUACAAGAGUAUGCAAAAGUGUUAUUUGUUUGACUAGAGAAAUUGUUGUGCUUUUAAUUUUGUG